AACGGAUUCACAGCCAUUAUAUGUUAUCUUUGUUAUGUUUAUGAUUCUUCGGUUGCAGUAGUGAUUGAAUUUCAAGAAUUAUCCACAUGAAGGAUUGGUUUUUAGCUUACGAGCUUGAACUGGGUUUCCUUUAGUUUGGCUCAGUUUUUAAUGUUGUUCUGCAGUUAGAUCAGUGCUACUUGCUUUCUCACAUUUUUGUUUUUUGAAAAACCAAUUGGAUCACUGACUUCAUCAUCUUUAAUUCCCUCGGUCUGGUUUAAUUUAGAUUGUGUUGUUCUAUAUGCAUUAAUUUCUUUCAGUUUUCCAUUUAACACUGGUCGUAGAGUUCCAAAUUUUCAGAACAAACUAAUGAAUUUUUAGUGGCUUUGGUUGAGUUGUGCUUAUUGUGAUCAUUCUUUUCUUUCAAGUUUUUGAACUGACCCACAAUGACCUAAAAGGAGCAAUGACUUAGGGGGCGGUAAUUUUUCUUUUUUUUUAAAAAAUUGAUUUCUUUGGUUGAAAUCCAUAUAUAUAUUUUUUUCUUCUUUUUUGAGUAGUUUUAUCACAUCCUUUCGUCUUUCGGGCUGUAAAAUUGUAUCUCAUGAAGUCCAUUUGUGAAUUGAUUAUAUUGUUGUAAAUUCAGAUAGUUCCUUUUCGGUAUAGCUUAGCUUUUUCCAAAUCGAUUUUCCUUUUCCCUUUCCUUUUUAGCUAUUUGUUAGAUUUCACUUUGUUAAACUUUGGUUACUUGACUUGUUUUCCAGCAGAAAAUGGGAGUUUGGUGAGGUAUUCAUUUGGGUUUCAUAUUGAGUUGCACAAAGAUGAUGCCUGUUUGCUCUGCCACCCCAUGUUCUUCUUCUCAUCCUCAGAUUUCAUUCCAUGGAGGACCGCGGCUCUUUUGUCCACACCGGAAUGAUUCUGAAUCCAGAUGUAUUAUAGAUGACAGAACUGUUUUAGGCUUUCUUAAUGGAACUCAUCAACAAAGAAUUUCCUUUAAAACUCAAGCUGCAAAAUCAUCUUCCCUCAUUUUCCUUGAAAGAAAUGAACAUUCAAUACCCAUGGAAGUCACUGAGAAUCCUUCCUGCAUAAAUGACUUGAAUGACAUUAAAUGCAAGUUAUACAAUGAACUGGACCUUCUGGGAGGGGAGAAAGUGGCAUAUGUAGAAAGUUAUAGCACGUAUGAUGUAGAAGGACUAACGGACUUCACUGGCCAGUCAACAGAAAAUGCAAAUGGUUUAACAGGACCAAUGGAACCUGAUAUCACAUCAACUAGUACUAUAACGCCAGAUAAUCCCAGCAUAGAACCUGACUCCUUGAAUAUGGAUAAUGACUCGUUAUCUAGUGUGAAGACUAGUUUUGAUGACCUUCUUGAUGGGGUCAGGGGCUCCAUCAAUACUUCUGUAAAUAAGGGUGAAAAUGUUAUGAAAAUCUCACUAGAUACGAUUACUUCACCAAUAACAUCCAUUACAAAAAGUGCUUCUGAAGCAGUGGAUAAUGCCUUGAGUGGGGUGGUUUCCGCUGUAGAUCAAACAAGGGGAUUGGCUGGAAAUAGAUUGGAUAACUUUUCAAGUGACUUGAAGGAAGCCACAAGUAAAGCAACAGCCAAUUCUGUUGAUUUGUUGAGAGGCACAGUUGUUGCAGUGGAGGACUUGAUAGUGAAAGGGGCUUCUUUUGUUGUUUAUUCUUAUGGAUCUGCCAAGGGACUACUUCCUCCGGAGAUCAGGGAUGCACUAAUUUUAUCUGAAGACAAAGCAGUACAAAUAUUGAAGCCUGUUGGUACAUCUUUUCAGCAGGUUUACGUUGCUAUUGUGGAAUUGGAGAAAAUUCUUGGCUUGGAUCCUCAUGAUCCAAUUGUUCCUUUCUUUCUUCUUGUUGGAACCUCAGCCACCCUUUGGGUUUUUUACAGGGUAUGGGUAUAUGGUGGUUACUCUGGAGAUUUAUCUCCUCAAUUAACUUUAGAGCUUUUGAAUGGGAAGGAGAAUUCCGUACUCGUUGAUGUUCGGCCCGAGUUUUUUACUUGCCCUGAAAAUUUGGUUCUGGGCAUUCCCUUUGUCCAGCUUCUGAGAGAAAAAGAUGGUGUUCCUGAUAUUCGACGAGCAGCUCGGUUUCGCUAUGCAAGUGUAACUCUACCAAAGGUUGAUGAACCCCUGCGGAAAUUGUUAAAGGGUGGCAAUGACAUUGACAACACCUUAAUCGCUGCAGUUAUUCGAAACUUGAAAGCUGUUCAGGACAGGUCCAAGGUCAUAGUUAUGGAUGCUGAUGGUACAUCUUCCAAAGGCAUUGCAAGGUCCUUGAGAAAACUUGGAGUCAAGAGACCUUACUUGGUCGAAGGUGGCUUCCAGUCUUGGGUGAAUCAGGGUCUCCGUGUCAAGGAACUUAAAGCUGAGACAGCACUAACUGUACUAAAUGAGGAAGCUGAGGCAAUUCUAGAAGAUCUUAGUCCUUCUCCAGUUCAAGUCUUUGGGUACGGUGUGGGUUUUGUUGCAGCACUGUAUGCAUUACUAGAGUGGGAGAAGACACUGCAACUCAUUGGUGUUGUUGGCGUCGCUCAGAGUAUUUAUCGACGAGCUGCUUCAUACGAGGGCCCUGAGGAUAUUAGAAGAGAUGUGAGGUUGUUACUUGCUCCAGUAAGAAUUGGAGCUCAGGCAUUUUCAUGGGUAACUGGAAAACUAGAAACCAACAGCAUUGGACUCCCCACGUCACCUUCAUCGUUAGAUGUUCAAACCCGGGUGUUGCAAGCUGCUGCAAAGCAUGAAUCUCAACCAUCAGAAACUGAAGAAGUUCAGAACUCAUCCUCUGAAUCAGUGGCUCCCAUAAGUGACAAUGUAGAUUUUUCUGAAGCAUAAGCAUUUUGAAUUUACCUUGAAUGAUCUUUACAAUGUAUAAAGAGAAAUAACCAUCUCACAGUUUGAGGACUUCUUUGAGACAAUGAGUUCUGUACAUUAAAGUUCUAUGUGAUAUCUAUCACUUGUGAGAUUACCAGUUAGCACCAUCCUGACUUGCCAACUUAUUUAUACAAAAUGACACUAAUAUUUUAGUC